AUGAGAUUCACCGGCUCUAGUCUCCUUUCCGCCACUCUGGCCCUUUCCGCCGCCCAGACGGGCCUGGCUGCCCCCUUGCCGCAGGACACAAACGGCCUCACGUCUCUCCUGUCCAACAUCCCCGUUGUUGGAACGUUCCUCGGCGGAGCUGGCGCUGCCACUGGCUCUACUAGCUCUGCUAGUUCCGCCAACACCACCGCUGCUGGUGCUUCUGGGAACCCCCUUGCCACUCUCCAGGAACACCUUCCGGCUCCUGGCAGCGGCGUGGACGGCAUCCUGUCCAGCGGCCAGAUCCUCGGCGACCACCUCAAGUACACAGCGAACCCGCCGAGCGCUCUCGAGCCCAUUCCCGCCGCGCAGAACAGCCCUCCUCGCGAGCUUCACCGACAGGCCCACGCCGCCCUUGUCCCUGCGUCGGAGAAGCCCAAGAGCUCUUAA